AUGCCUAAGCGAAAGUGCGUAUUUACUCCCAGCUUGAAAGUUGAAUUUCCGUUUUUAAGAGCUAGUGAUGAAAUCGGAAAAGUUUUAUGUAUUGUAUGCAAAUCAGUUUUUUCAAUAGAAAACGGUGGUCGUUCAGAUAUUCCACAACAUGUUAAACAAAAGAAACAUUUAUUGGCCGUAUCAAGCAGUUCUUCAAAUAAAGUAACGAAUUUUUUCAUUAAUGUACAGUCAACAAAUGAAAGCAAAUGUAUUGCGGCGGAAGAGGGUCUUUUGCAUAUUAUACCAUCAUACACAAUCAUUCAUUCAGGUCUAUGGAUUGUACAACAUCAAUUAUAA